AUGGCGAAGGAGAUGGAGUAUGACGUGGUGGUGGCGAGUAUGGAUGCGCAGAUGUAUGUGGACUUCUGUGCGGCGUUCAAGAUGAAUCACUUCCCGGCUAUCAAGUGGUUCGCUGCGGAAAAGGAUGUGCUGGAGCCUGUUGACGUCGCGGCCUCGACGCGUGGAGAGAUCGAGAAGUUUAUUCGGGAACAGUUUGAACAUGAUGAAUUGUAA